UCCCUACAUGCGAAUCCACAGCAGAAGUAGUCCACCAAGCGCGCAUUCAUGCGCUGUUCUUCCAUCCAAUAGGGAUCUAACGCGCGUCUGCGGCGGGACCAUGGAGUCGGGAUCGACGACGCGCAAGGGCGCCCCUGUUGUCUUGCUUGCCGCGGCUUUUGUGGCGUAUUUAUUCGCGCUGGCUGUUUAUCGCUUGUACUUGCACCCGUUGCGCAAGUUCCCGGGGCCGAGAAUCGCGGCGGUGUCGACGCUGUAUGAGGCGUAUUUUGAGAUAUGGCUGAAUGGGCAGUAUUCGAGGGAGAUUGCGAGGCUGCAUGAUUUGUAUGGACCCAUCAUCAGAGUCACGCCGAAUGAACUGCAUAUUCGCGACUCCCGCUUCUUCGACGAGUUUUAUGGCAAGAAUCUGCAUCUCGAUAAGGAGGGGUGGGAUGUGAAAUUUGGGUCUGAGGGCGGCGUGCUCACGACGGUGAAUGCAGCGGUGCAUAAGCGGCGCAGAGCAGCAUUAAGCCCCAUGUUUUCCCGCCGCUCAAUCCUUGACCUCAUACAUAUCAUCCACCGGCACAUCGACACGCUGUCCGCGCGCCUACGGGAAGCCGAAGCCCGCAAGGAACCAAUCAAUCUGACUCUGGCGUUUCCUGCUCUAACGGGAGAUAUCAUCAUGGACUAUUUCUUCGGGUUUAAUUAUGCCCAGCUCAAGCAUCCGGAGUUUGAAUCGUUUCAUGAGGCGUUUGUCAAGAUUGGGGGGACGGGACAUGUCGCGACGCAGAUACCGUGGAUCUACCCCAUCAUGAAUAGUAUCCCAGACUCAAUCACCACCUGGCUCCAACCGGCCGCGAAACCAAUCCUCGACUUCAGACGAGACCAACGCACCCUAAUAUCCCGCACCCUCAACGGCGAAACCCUAAAAACCAACGACGCAAAGCGCACCGUCUUCCAAGCCCUCCUCUCCUCGUCCCUCCCCGCAGAAGACAAAACACCCCCCCGCCUCGCGCAAGAGGCGCAAAUCAUCAUCGGCGCCGGCGUAGAAACAACAGCAUUCACCCUCACAAUCGCAGCCUACCAUAUCAUCCACACGCCACACAUCUACGCGCGCCUGCACGCCGAUCUCGUCGCCGCCUUCCCCGACGCAACCGCUCCCAUGGAUCUGCAUACCCUGGAGCAAAUACCUUACCUGCGCGCUUGCAUCACAGAAGCGCUCCGUCUGUCGUACGGCCUGAGCGCAAGGAACCCGCGUACCCGCAGAACGCAGAUGGUGUAUGGCGACUGGAUUGUUCCGGCGGGGACUUGUGUUUCAAUGACCAUCCCCACCGUCUCCCACGACGAGACCCUCUUCCGCGACUCCCACACAUACUCACCCGAGCGCUGGCUCGACGCGCCGCACACGGCCGACGGCGUCCCGCUCGAGCGCUUCAUGGUGUGUUUCGGGCGCGGGACGCGCGCGUGUCUGGGCGUGAAUCUCGCGUGGACGGAACUUUACCUUGCGCUUGGGGCGUUGUUUCGGAGGUUUAAGUUUGUGCUGUAUGAGCCUGAUGUGAGGGAUGUGAGGGUUGGGCAUGAUUUUUUUAUUCCGGUGGCGUGGGUGGGGGGGAAGGGGGUUAGGGCUUGGGUUGAGAGUGUGGGGUAG